UUUCCCCACUUCUUAGAUCCCUGCAAACCCUUAUCGCAGAUCCCAGCAAGAUCGACUUCCUAACAUCUUCAGUAAUCGCCAUGGACUACGCAGCUAAGAGAAGAGGUCAAGGAGGCCUUUUCGAAGGUCUUUAUAGAGUUAUCAUGCGCCGUAACUCCGUCUACGUCACCUUUGUCAUCGCCGGUGCUUUCCUCGGAGAACGGGCUGUGGAUUAUGGAGUUCAUAAGCUCUGGGAAUACAACAAUGUUGGGAAACGUUAUGAAGACAUUCCGGUGCUGGGUCAGAGGCAAUCUGAGGAAUGAAAUUGACCCCCCCCCCCUUUUUUUGUUUCUUUCGAAGUUGUUAAGUGAUGUGUCUGAGCAUACAUCUAUUUGGUGGCAAUGCGCGUUGUUGCAAUAAAAUGUUGUUUAUUUUGGGGAAACAUGUCUUUAUCAACAAAGAGCUGGGAUAUUUCA